GCGAGAUUAAAAAUGGCGACCUCCAUUGCAAUUUUGUAAGAGACACAGGCAGUGGAUCCACAUGCUCACCACAUUGAUACAGUGUGUUAGUUGAAUCCAGAGAAGGGGGAUUUCAACCUUUAUCUCCAGAACCAUGACAGUUUCAGUUCAGAUGGCACAGUUCAUCACUGGACUGAAGUCCAGGAAUGAUGAAACGCGGACAGAAGCAGCUCGGAAACUGAACCACUAUGUCACCACCGAGCUGAGGGAAGUUUCCAUCGAGGACUUGACGGCCUUCAUGGACGAGUUCAAUCAUCAUAUAUUUGAGAUGGUCUCCAGCUCUGACGUAAACGAAAAAAAGGGCGGGAUUCUGGCAAUAGUGAGCCUCAUUGGAGUGGACAUAGGCAACACAAAUACCAGAAUCAGCAGAUUUGCCAAUUAUCUUCGAAAUCUUCUGCCAUCCAAUGAUGUUGGUGUGAUGGAAAUGGCGUCCAAAGCAGUUGGAAGAUUAGCCCUGGCGUCUGGAACGUAUACGGCAGAAUAUGUCGAAUUUGAAGUAAAGAGGGCGCUAGAGUGGCUGACAGGAGACAGGCACGAGGGAAAGAGACAUGCUGCGGUUCUGGUGUUGAGGGAGCUGGCUGUUUGCACUCCAACCUUCUUCUUCCAGCAAGUUCAGCCAUUUUUUGACUGCAUCUUCAGUCCUGUUAGAGAUCCCAAGCCUGCUAUACGAGAAGGCUCGGUUGCUGCACUAAGAGCAGCUUUGGUGGUCACCUCACAGAGAGAAACAAAGGAGGGGCAGAAGUCGCUCUGGUAUAAGCAAUGUUACGAAGAAGCCGAGAAACCAUUCGAUGAACUUCAUGGCAAGUACCUGCGUCUGACUCGUGAUGACUGGGCGCAUGGUUCUCUUCUCAUCAUCAACGAGUUACUGAGAUGUAGUAAUAACGAGGGCGAGCGAUUUCGACAAGAAAUGGAAGACAUUUCAUUGCAGCAACAUUACCAUGAGAAAAGUUACAGGACCACCCACGGCAAGUCCAAGCACCAGCACCCCCAUUCUCACCCCCACCACCACAACCCCAGCGUCUUCCAGAUGCAUCAGAGGAGCCCCCUAUUGAGCAGCGUGGUGUUUCCUGGCAUGGCCCAGCCUCAGAAACAGUUCUUCUUUGAGAGCAGGACGUGUAAGGAGCUAAUGCUGGACCAUUUUACUAAGGUGUGCAAGGCAGUACUGCGACACAAAAACAGCAGAAGUGUGUAUGUGCAGCAGGUGCUCCUCAAAGUCUUGGCCAGGCUGGCUGCAUUCAAACCUGAUAUCUUUGUGAAGGGGUAUUUAGGAGAGACCAUGAGCUAUCUUCUGGGCUGUUUGAAGAACCAGAGGGAGAGAUCUGCAGCCUUCCAGGCCAUCGGGCUCAUCGCUGUGUCUGUAAAGUCAGAGAUUAAAAGACACCUGCCCAAACUGAUGGACGUGAUUAGACAGUCUCUGCCUGCCAAAGAUUUAACACAAAAGAAGCAGAGGAACAAUGUGGACCCGGCCGUGUUCACCUGUGUCAGUAUGCUGGCCAGGGCGGUGGGACCAGCUCUAGCCAAGGACAUCAAGGAACUGCUGGAACCCAUGUUGGCAGUUGGACUCAGCCCUGCCCUGACUGCAGCGUUGAGGGACCUCGCCACCCAGAUCCCUCAGCUGAAGAAGGACAUUCAGGACGGCCUUCUCAAAAUGCUGUCCCUGGUGCUCAUGGGAAGGCCCCUCAGACACCCUGGGGCGCCCAAAAGUUCCACUUUGCCUGUGCCAUUCUUAGUUGGUCAAGGAGUGUCUGAUGCCCAAGAUGUGACCAGUAUAACCUUGGCACUGCGGACACUGGGCAGUUUUGACUUUGAAGGUCAGUAUUUGACUCAGUUUGUGCGGCACUGUGCCGAGACCUUUCUGUCCAGUGAACACAAGGAGAUCCGCAUGGAGGCAGUCAGCACAUGCUCACGUCUGCUGACACCAUGUCUAAAUCUUGUCUCACAGAACCAGGGCCACGUGAGUUCUUCUGCCAUGAAUACGGUGGCUGAUGUUCUCAACAAACUCCUCAUGGUUGGAAUCACAGACUCUGAUCCAGAUAUUCGAUUCUGUGUGCUCGCCUCAUUGGAUGAAAAGUUUGACUCCCACUUGGCGCAGGCGGAGAACCUCAGUGCACUGUUUGUUGCCUUGAAUGAUGAGGUGUUUGAUAUCCGAGAGCUGGCUAUUUGUACCAUUGCCAGACUAAGUUCAAUGAACCCUGCCUAUGUCAUGCCAUCUUUGAGAAAAGUUCUAAUACAAAUUUUAACAGAGCUGGAACACAGUGGUGUUGGCAGGAACAAGGAGCAGGCAGCCAGACUUCUGGGCCAUCUGGUCUCCAAUGCCCCGAGACUCAUCAGACCAUACAUGGAACCCAUCCUGAAGGUUCUGAUCCCCAAGCUGACAGAGCAGGACCCCAAUCCCGGGGUAGUGAACAGCGUGCUCUCAGCCAUAGGGGAGCAGGCAAGGGUCAGUGGGAUGGAGAUGAGGAAGUGGAUGGACCAGCUGCUGCCCAUUGUGCUGGACAUGAUGCAGGACUCGUCCUCCCUGCAGAAGAGAGAGAUAUCCAUAUGGACCCUAGGUCAGCUGAUAGAGAGUACAGGCUAUGUGGUGGAACCGUAUCAGAAGUACCCUCACUUACUGGAGGUGCUGCUGAACUUCCUGAAGACUGAGCAGUCCCACGCCAUUAGGAGAGAGGCAAUACGAGUGCUUGGACUUCUUGGUGCCCUUGACCCAUAUAAGCACAAGGUCAACUUAGGAGUGAUUGACAGGUCUAGUGAUGCAGGGGCGGUGCUUAGCAUGUCAGACAAUACAAAGGGGGAGGAGCAGACAGGAGAAUACAGCACCAGUGAAAUGCUGGUCAACAUGCCCACGGCGACUCUGGAGGAGUUCUACCCAGCCACCGCGAUCGCCACUCUGAUGAGGAUCAUCAAGGACCCGUCGCUGGCGCAGCACCACACCAUGGUGGUCCAGGCAAUCACGUUCAUCUUUAAGAGUCUGGGGAUUAAGUGUGUGCCGUAUAUACAGCAAGUUAUGCCUGCUUACUUGAAUGUUAUCAGGACUUCUGAUGCCACAUUCAGAGAGUUUCUGUUCCAACAGCUGGGGGUAAUUAUUGCCAUAGUGAAACAGCACAUCAGGAAUUACUUGGAUGAUAUCUUCUCUCUCAUCAGGGACUACUGGACUCCAAACAGCCCAAUGCAGAACACAAUCAUCCUCCUGAUAGAGCAGAUUGUGAUAGCGCUGGGGACGGAAUUCAAGAUUUACCUGCCACAAAUCGUACCCCAGAUGCUUAAGGUUUUCAUGCACGACAGCAGUCCAGGCAGACAAGUGACUGGAAAGCUGCUGAACGCCAUGCAGAUGUUUGGUCCAAACUUAGAUGACUAUCUUCACCUUUUGCUGCCUCCAGUUGUCAGACUCUUUGACUCAGCAGAUGUGCCUAUUCCUGUUAGAAGGGGAGCUCUGGAGACUGUCGACCGUCUGACCGACUCCCUGGACCUGACGGACUUUGCGUCCAGGAUUAUCCACCCCCUGGUGAGGACCCUGGACACCACGCCUGAGCUGAGGGGGACGGCCAUGGACACUCUGGCCGCCCUGGUGGUCCAGCUUGGGAAGAAGUACCAGAUCUUCAUCCCCAUGGUGGCCAAGGUGCUGACCAAACAUAAAGUGGCUCACCAGAGAUAUGAACUUCUGCUGUGUAAGAUCAUCAAGGGUUCCACCUAUGCAGAAAUGGAAGAUGACCCACUGUUGUACAAGCACAAGCAGAAUCGUAAUCGGCCCAGUCAGCAGACGCCAGACCAGAGUGCCGAAACGGCGACAAUCAAGAAACUCCAUGUUAGCUCAGCAACCCUGCAGAGGGCCUGGCUUGCUACAAGGCGGGUGUCUAAAGAUGACUGGAUGGAGUGGCUGCGGAGGCUGAGUAUAGAGCUCCUGAAGGAGUCACCAUCACCAGCGCUGCGUUCCUGCUGGGCUCUGGCACAGACAUAUAAUCCACUGGCAAGGGACUUGUUCAAUGCCGCCUUUGUGUCAUGUUGGACAGAGCUAAGUGAGACGCAGCAAGAUGAGUUGAUCCAAAGUCUGGAGCAGGCACUGACAUCGCAGGACCUGCCAGAGAUCACGCAGACCCUGCUGAACCUGGCCGAGUUCAUGGAGCAUUGUGAAAAGGGCCCCUUACCCUUGGACACUAGUUUACUCGGGGAGAGGGCGAUGAGAUGUCGUGCCUUUGCCAAGGCUCUGCACUAUAAGGAAGAUGAAUUCCAUCGCACUGCCUCCACAUCUACCUUAGAGGCUCUGAUAAGCAUCAACAAUAAGUUGCAGCAACCAGAGGCAGCAGCAGGUGUUCUGGAAUAUGCCAUGGCUCACCACAAGUCUGAUAUUAAAGUUCAGGAGAGAUGGUAUGAGAAGCUUCAUGAGUGGACUGAAGCACUGAGUGCCUACGAGGCCAAACAAGAGAAGGAGCCAGAUAACGUUCAACUCACGCUGGGGAGAAUGAGAUGUCUGGAGGCACUGGGAGAGUGGGGCCAGCUGUACCAGCUUUCCUGUGAAAAAUGGCCACUGGCUAGUGAUGAAACUCGCCAGCAGAUGGCACGGCUGGCUGCUGUGGCAUCCUGGGGUCUGGGACAGUGGGACAGCAUGGAGGAGUACAGCUGUAUGAUACCACGAGACAGCAUGGAGGGGGCCUUUUACAGGGCUGUGCAGGCCCUCCACGUGGACCAGUAUACUGUGGCUCAACAGUGUAUAGACAAAGCCCGUGAUAUAUUGGACACAGAGUUGACAGCUAUGGCUGGGGAGAGCUAUAACAGAGCCUAUGGUGCUAUGGUGAAUGUUCAGAUGUUGUCAGAACUAGAGGAGGUGAUGCAGUAUAAACUGGUGCCAGAGAGGAGAAACUCCAUCAAGGAAACCUGGUGGAACAGGCUGCAGGGGUGUCAGCGUGUGGUUGAGGACUGGCAGAGGAUCAUCCAGGUGCGCUCCCUGGUGGUGACCCCCCAGGAAGACAUGAGGACGUGGCUGAAAUACGCCAGUCUCUGCAGGAAGAGCGGGAGACUGGCAUUAUCCCACAGGACCCUGGUCAUGUUACUGGGAGUUGACCCGGCUAAGAGUCCUGACCAGACCAUCCCCACCAGCCACCCUGCCGUCACCUUUGCCUAUAUGAAACACAUGUGGAAGAGCAACAAGAAGAACGAAGCAUUUGAAAAUCUGCAUCGUUUUGUGAAGAACUCUCUCCAGCCACGUGUGAACCAGCUCAAUGCCCCAGAGGAAUCCUCACAGAAAGCGGAGUAUAACAAACUGUUGGCUAAAUGCUACCUGAAGUUAGGCGACUGGCUGGAAGAUGUCCAGGGAAUAACAGAGGAUUCUAUACCCAGGGUGCUGCAGUACUUCAGCGCUGCCACUGAGCAUGACAGGAACUGGUACAAGGCAUGGCAUGCUUGGGCCUACAUGAACUACGAAGCAGUGCUGUUCUUCAAGCAGCAGGGACAGAGCACCACCCAGAAUGGCACAGGGGCAGCUGUGGGGAAGAAAGAGUCUGGAGAAGCAGUCAAAGGAGGAGAGAGUAACACGGCCAAGAUGUUCAAGUACUGCAUCCCAGCAGUCCAGGGCUUCUUCCGUUCCAUAGCGUUAUCCAGUGGGAACUCGCUGCAGGACACACUGAGGUUGCUGACCCUGUGGUUUGACUAUGGCCAGUGGUCAGAAGUGUAUGAGGCCCUGACUGAGAGUAUCAAGACAAUCCAAAUUGACAACUGGUUACAGGUCAUUCCCCAGCUGAUUGCCAGAAUAGACACUCCCAGACAAUUGGUAGGAAAACUCAUACACCAGCUCCUCAUGGACAUUGGAAAGCACCACCCACAGGCACUUAUCUACCCUCUGACGGUGGCUUGCAAGUCGAACGUCCCAGCACGCCAGGCCGCUGCCAACAAAGUGUUAAAGAACAUGAGAGAACACAGCAACACCCUGGUCCAACAGGCUUUGCUGGUGAGUGAAGAGUUGAUCCGUGUCGCCAUUUUGUGGCAUGAACUGUGGCAUGAAGGACUUGAGGAGGCAUCUCGCCUCUAUUUUGGGGAGAGGAACGUCAAGGGGAUGUUUGCCACCUUGGAACCCCUCCACUGUAUGAUGGAGAGAGGGCCGCAGACAUUGAAAGAAACAUCCUUUAACCAGGCCUAUGGGCGUGAUCUACUGGAGGCUCAAGAAUGGUGCCGAAAGUACCAACGUUCUAACAACGUCAAGGACCUGACCCAAGCCUGGGACCUUUACUAUCACGUCUUCAGACGGAUAUCCAAACAACUUCCCCAGCUGACCUCCCUGGAACUGCAUUAUGUGAGCCCCAAUCUUCUGAGUUGUCGCGAUCUGGAACUGGCUGUACCUGGAACCUACGAUGUGAACCAGCCAGUGGUCGGGAUUUCUUACGUGCAAAGUUCUUUACAAGUGAUCACUUCCAAGCAGCGGCCAAGGAAGUUGUCAAUAUUUGGAAGCAAUGGGCGGGAAUAUGUGUUCCUACUGAAGGGGCAUGAAGACUUGAGGCAGGAUGAGAGGGUGAUGCAGCUGUUUGGAUUGGUCAAUUCUCUGCUCAUGAAUAACCCUGAGACAUUCAGGAGGAACCUCACCAUCCAGAGAUAUUCCAUCAUUCCGCUGUCCACCAACUCUGGCCUGAUAGGCUGGGUCCCCCACUGUGACACCCUCCACUCUCUGAUCAGAGACUACAGGGAGAAGAAGAAGAUCUUGCUGAACAUAGAGCACAGGAUAAUGUUGAGGAUGGCGCCAGACUAUGACCACCUGACCCUGAUGCAGAAAGUGGAAGUGUUUGAGCAUGCUCUGGAGCAUACCCAAGGAGACGACCUGGCAAAAAUACUUUGGUUUAAGAGCCCCAGCUCUGAGGUGUGGUUUGACAGAAGAACCAACUACACCCGCUCCCUGGCUGUCAUGUCCAUGGUGGGCUAUGUGCUGGGACUAGGAGACAGACACCCUUCAAACUUGAUGUUAGACAGAAUGAGUGGGAAAAUCAUCCAUAUUGACUUUGGCGACUGUUUUGAAGUGGCCAUGACCAGAGAAAAGUUUCCAGAGAAGAUCCCAUUCCGCCUGACGAGAAUGCUCAUUAAUGCUAUGGAGGUGACUGGUAUUGAUGGCAACUACAAGAUGACUUGUGAGAGGGUGAUGGAUGUCCUCAGGGAGAAUAAAGAUAGUUUAAUGGCUGUACUGGAGGCUUUUGUUUAUGACCCCUUACUGAACUGGAGACUUAUGGACACUCAUACAAAAGCCAAGAGGUCCAGGGCAAGAUCAGGCACAGCUGCUGCCACCUCUUAUUCUGAAAGUACGGAAACAACAGAUAUCUUGGAUGAUGGAGACCUCAUAGCUUCCCAGAAAAGAACAUCAAACUAUGGCCAAGAGAGCACAUCUUUAGGAGAUGGUCAGCCAGAAGCUCUGAACAAGAAAGCCAUUCAGAUUGUGAACAGGGUCAGAGAUAAACUGACAGGUCGUGAUUUCCAGUCAGACGAGUCCAUAGAUGUUCCAACCCAAGUCAACCUUCUGAUCAAACAGGCUACUUCCCAUGAGAAUUUGUGUCAGUGUUAUAUUGGAUGGUGCCCAUUUUGGUAAACUAGCACGUGGGUGAACACAGACAUUUUACUACACAUUCAGUAACCAUGCAUCAACAACGUUGGACUUUAUUGCCUCUGAGUCAGCUAGUGUGCCAUUGUCAACUGUUCAAUUUUCGCCCAUAAAUUCAGUCUGAUUUAAUUAUCCUAAUUGGCUUAAGUAUACUUAAUUGUAUUUUUCAAAACUAGAAUUUGAUCAAGUAAAACCAAAUGAUUAAUUGUAAUGAGUUUUAGUGAUGGCACAAGGAGAGUAAAACAACAAGGCAUAUUUCAAAAUAAGCGAUAGCAAGUUAAUGAGAAUCAGUGCAUUUUUUCUCUGCUGAUAGAUUCAAUUUUGCAUUCAGGUGCUUUCAGUUGGUACUCCUGAGGAAAAUGUGCUUACAUCUGUGAAAAGUUUGUCAGUGUUUCAAAUACCGACAAGAAGGUAGUCUUGAUUGUGAUUGGGACGAUAAACAAUAUUUAUUGUAAAAAUGUAAGGAUGAAGUACAUUUAUGUUUCAUUCUAUGAACUGAAUAUGUAAAGCGUGAAUUUCUAGUCAAGAAAACAUUUCAUAUAUAAAGGCAUUGUUAAUAAAAACCGUUAAGUCACAGCACAUCGUUGUAGGAAUUGGAAGGAUAAAUGGAAUGAACUGACGAAUAAGAUAUGCUGAUCGAGAUCAGAUUUAUUGUUGACUUUUAAUUGCUUUGCGGUUUUCUCAUAAUAAAUUAUAAUAAUAAAAA